GUAGCAGAUCGGAUGUUGCACGUGAGGAUGCUGCCCAACGCUGUACGACGAGAGUCUGGAGACUGGCACGUGCAGCUCGCGUGUGGCAAUGUGACCUCACGGGGGUCCCUCAACUUUUCUGUGAAGUGGAGGACACCCUCAGGUCUCACCCUUGGCAGCAGCUUCACAGAAAAUGGCGAAGAGAUUUUAAAUGUCAGCCCUGCAGAAGAGGGAAACUAUUCCUGCUUCCUGGACAUUGAUGACUCCACAGCCAGGUGUGUGGACAUCAGCCCCGCCAUGCUGGUCAGUAACGAAGUGCACGUUGACACCUGUUCUGUCAAACCACCUUUGAGCAACUUAGUCCAGCGAGAGAAGCGGGAAAUGGAAUCCGUCUUCCAGUAUCUUGCGAGACAGCAUGACACAAUUCGCUUAGUCAACGGCAGCAAACCUUGGAAUGGACGAGUGGAAGUGAAGUACAACGGCAGCUGGGCGGUGGUGUGUGACGACCUCUUCUCGGUCUGGUCAGCCACUGUCGUCUGCACGAUGCUAGGGGUCACAGGAGGUGCACCCGAGGUGCGCAGCGAUUCCUUCUACGGUGAGGGCGAGUUGCCGAUCCUGCUGGACGAUGUGAUGUGCCGGGGCAAUGAAAGCAGCAUCUUUGACUGCUCCCACAGGCCCCUGGGUGUCCACAAUUGUCAUCGCAGUGAAAUUGUUGGAGUCGACUGUUUGUCACAACUUACGUCGAGUUAAACGAAAACAAGAGUUUUCAAACAAAUGUCAUCGAUACAGCUUCCAACUGCGUAUGCACUUUUCAAACCGCUUUGUCA